GGUGACUCCCCGGGGAGCCUUCGGUCCAGUAAGGAGAAACCUGCCAGACGUGCUGGCAGCUGGGUUGGCGCGCUGCCGGAGGGUGUCCGGCCCUGGCCGCGUGCGGAACGGAGUGCGUGGUGGCGGGAGCCGGCGAGGAUCUGUUUGAGGAGAGAAAUAGAAGGAAAGGGCUCCAGAGGCUGGAAGUCAGGACUCAAGCUUGGCAGGACCGGGAGGUUCGCCAAGAGCGCUGGAGGGUGUCCCAGCUUCAAGUUCGGUAUCCCCCGGUUGGUGCCCCUGAGCGGCGAGCGUCCCAGGCCUAUCCCUUCCCCCGGCUGCCGUCUUGGAGUACGGAGUUGCCAGGAACAUUCCUCAUCGCGAGGGGAAGAGGAUUUGGAGGAGAGUCAUCAUCCCAGGACCUGCUGGAGACCACAAGAAAACAUGGGGAGAAUUUUCCUCACAGGAGAAAAAGCCAAUUCAGUAUUAAAACGCUACCCAAGAGCUAAUGGAUUUUUUGAGGAAAUAAGACAGGGCAACAUUGAGCGUGAAUGCAAAGAAGAAGUCUGCACGUUUGAAGAAGCGAGAGAAGCUUUUGAAAAUGAUGAAAAAACUAAGGAGUUCUGGAGCACUUACACAAAAGCACAACAAGGAGAGAGCAACAGAGGAAGUGACUGGUUUCAGUUUUACCUUACCUUCCCAUUGAUCUUUGGCCUCUUCAUUAUCCUCCUUGUCAUUUUCCUCAUCUGGAGAUGCUUCCUGAGAAACAAAACUCGCAGACAGACAGUGACUGAAGGCCAUAUUCCUUUCCCUCAGCACCUCAAUAUCAUCACCCCGCCUCCCCCACCAGAUGAAGUGUUUGAUAGCAGCGGAUUGUCACCAGGCUUUCUGGAAUAUGUAGUUGGGCGCUCCGAUUCGGUCUCCACCCGCCUGUCCAACUGCGAUCCCCCACCGACCUAUGAGGAAGCCACUGGCCAGGUGAACCUGCGCAGGAGCGAAACAGAACCUCACUUAGACCCACCCCCGGAGUAUGAGGACAUCAUCAACUCCAGCUCAGCCAGUGCCAUCGCUAUGGUGCCUGUGGUCACCACCAUCAAAUGAACCUGCACACUUCUUUUUACUAGAAUCGUUUUUAAAAUACUAAUGCAAGAACUUUCUAGCACUUUACCACUACAUACAUGUGCAUUUGACUUAUUGGACUCUGACAGCAUACCACUUCACGCCCUCUGAUUUGAUUUUCAUUAGUUUUGUUUCCUGCUAUUAAAAUCGUUAUCCAUGCUCAUUUUUGCUCAAGCAAGUAUGUGGAGAGGGAAGAAUACUCGUGGAGGUCUUCACGGGAGGAGAUGUGUGUGUACAUCAGCCCCGUACACGGGCAGCUGUUCUAAGAAGCCAUUAACAUCUGUCUAAACCACCUGUAAAGAGAACAUUACUCACCCAAACUGGGGGGCGGGGGAAGGCACCCACAAUCUGCGUAAUAGAUGGCCAUGCUGUUGAAUUUUCAGAGUAAGAUGAACUGUGCCUGUUUUCAAAUUCUUGCAGGCUCUUAUUAACCUUUUUCUUCAACUACCUUAGAAGGGAAAAAAAAAAAAAACAUACAGUCUUGAUUUGAGGAAUAUCUCAGAAGGAAGGGCACCAUCAAUGAUCCCGAGCUUAGAGAGGACAGCAAGAAACACACUGGUCCUUAGGGCCAUUGGGCUGGUUUUGUAGGAGGGAUUUUGUUGUUGCUGCUGCUGCUGCUGACUGGCUUCCCGGCAGAAAUUAGACAGUAUGUGUUUAAUAGCUCUGAAUGGCACAUGCUAUUUGUAUUAACAUCUUGGAGUGGAUCUCCAGACGAAAGAAUAACGUCUAAAGUAGCUAUAUGAAUUAACAACAGCAAGAGAUACGCGUUUCCCUUUUCCUUAUUGGUGACAGUAAUUUUUUUCCCUCAUUUAAUUGCCUUUUACUCCCUCUCCUACCACAGAAUCUUCAAGCACCUAAGAAUUUAGUAAAAAUUGUGAAAAUCCCUUUCUUACUGUUUUUGUGUAGAGUGAAGUCUUUGUCUCAAGACGAUUAGAAGGCGAGUUUCCAUUGAAUUCAGAACUGUGAUUUUGAGAUUGUUCUCCAGUUGGUGGAGGAAGACUGCAGUCUGUGCUGUGCCAGGCGCACACAAAAUCUAGUUAUAGCCACACAUAGAUCUCACUGUCGCCGUUUCAUUUUGUAUUUUCAUCAGAUGUUUUUUGAACUGCAGGAUUUUUACUUUUCCCUUGGAGCAAGGGAACAGCCUGUGAAGGGACUGCCAACAUCAACUGGCUCAGAAAGGAAAAAAAGAAGUUAUAUAUGCACUGAUGGGAAAUUCAUUAUAUCAUUCAGGGAAAUGUCUGUGCCACUCCCAAGACUCCUUAAAAUGAUGAAUCAGGCAGAAGGAAUGCAGGUGUUUUUGAACCGUCACACCCUGCUGCCUCCAUCUCCAUCCACCCUGCCCCAGCCCUGCCCCAAACCCCAGGAAGGAGGCCUGCUGGGGAGGUCCCUGAACAAGCAGUCAGAUGACCUGAAUUCUAAUCCCGCUCUGCCACGCACGGGCCAGGAGACCUUGGGAAAAACCCACCUCUGGCCCUCCAAUCCGCACCCCCCGAGACGGCACGGCAUCAUCUGUGAUUCUAAUCCCACUCUGCCACGUACGUGCCAGGCGAUCUUGGGAAAGACCCACCUCUGACCCCUCCAUCCUCCCCACACGCCCCCGCUUGAGACAACACAGCAGCAUCUGUCCUGCCUCUCCUGGGGCUUUAAAAGGACCUAAGGAGAGAGAGGGUGGGCGUGCAUGUCCUUGCCAUCUUAAGAUGGGAAGAGCUAUCGGGGUGUGAGGUCACAGCAUUGUUCUUCUUGAGGGACAAUUUUCUCUGUUGCCCUGAGGUUCAUCUGAGUUUUCCCACAGUGAGAAAGACAGCAGAUGGCGAACCUGUUCCUAAUCUCCGACCGUGGGCCCUUCAACUCCUGCCACUCUCUGCGCUGCACCAAAGCUGUGCCCACUGAACGACGCCUGCCAACUCGGCACAUGCUAAACAGGAUUCAGCAAAAUGCCAGAAAGGGAACUAAGAUGUACAGUUAGUAGGUUUUAUAUCUUUCAUGGACUAAAAAUGAAUACAUCUUGAACCUAGUCUGAGCACAAAUGACAAUAUUGUUUUGAAGUCGGCCAUGAGUACAUGGUGACCUCUAGCUUCUAUUUAAAGCUGAAAGUGGGAGUGUCCGAUCCGGUGAUUUGUGUGCAUGCAUGUAUGUAUUUGAGUUGAUUUUUAAAGGAAAGAAUUAAGGCUCCUUUUUUGUAGACUUUUUUUGGCAAUAAUAUCAGGCCUUAGAUUAUUUUCAAAGUAUGGCCCAUAAACCUCGGGGAGUCCUUGAGAACCUUUGAGGAUCAAAACUAUUUUCAUAAUAAUAUGAAGACAUUAUUGGUCUUUUCACUCUCUCCCAGAAAGUAAUUAAACAUGUAAAAGCCAUCUUCCCAUGAAUUUUUGUCCUCUUUUAGAACGUAUAGCUAUUUUCUUUAAAAUGUUAUGUUAGCAUGUACUGGACUUUUAUCUUCUUAAAUGAAUAAAUUCUUUCAAAUUUUUCAGUUUUACUGUCUAAUGUGGCAAAUGCCAUUAGAUAUAAACUCCAUAAACAAAAACCCUUUGGGGUCCGGAUCCCCACCAAAUGUUCAGAGUAGAAAGGGGUCUGGAGACCAGAAGUUUGAGAAUUAACAGGCACAGGCACAGGCGAAAGAGCAGGAUUUUCUAUUCCUCAGUUACGUAUUCUGGCCAUUUUAAAUUCCCGAUAAUGGAUUUAAUGCUGUCUCAUAGAGACGGCUGAAUGUCAGUGUCAGAAGGAAUGCUGCUCCUUGAAGCAAAAGCCAAAUGUUUGUUUAAACUGACCACUGACUACAGCUUGUUAGGCUCCUGGUCGGAGUAGACGCUACUCCGCAGUGUCAACAGCGGUCAUCAGCCGCGGGCCUGGCGGCAGGACACAUGGGAUAAUGACAGGAUAAGCACACUUUUUAAAAGAAAACAAGUACCUUCUUCAAGAAACAUGCUCUUAGGUUAGUUCGUUUCAUUUGAUUUUUGGUUUGGGUUUUACCUUUUUAGAAACCCUUUUGCUACCCUGUCUGGUUUUAUAAACUGAGUUUCUUAACAUUUGUUACAAUUCGAGGGGCUUAUCUGGAAUAAUAUAUAUUUUUUAUGCUUUUGCCUUUCUUACCUGAUUGAUAUUACAUUCACCUUUGAUCAUUUUUAAUAAAGGUUUAUUUUUACAGAUCUAGGUAGUACCUUUCUUACGCAGUAACUCAACUGAAUCAACCCGUGCAGUCAAAGGAAAGGAGGCGCUGCCUGGUCCUCCAGUGGGACGGUUGCCAGGCCUCCGCAGUGCUCAGGUCUGGAAUCCUAGAACUGGCACUUUUCUGCCUCCCUGCUUUGAGUGUCACAGUGAAUUGUAUCUCUGUUUAAAGUCAAUUACAUGAUUUCUUUUCUUCCUCUUGACCAGGACAAAUAAGGAUGCUGUGUUUGAUUCAUUGUUAAUGAUGACUUCAAGAUUGAUGCGCUGAUCUGAUAACUGGGGAGGUAGCUUUAACUUGGUUCUGUGUAAAUAGCAUGUAUUUUAUUAUAAUAUUUCACAUUUUUAAACACUUGGUUUACAUUAAAUUAUGGUAUUUAACUAUUUUUAUGUUCAUUCUAGGUAAGGUUUUUUUCUUAUAUUUCUGUGUUUUGGGUAUGCUAAAUAAAGCUAUUUUUAAACCCA